AUGGGUGAUGCAAGGCCGAGUGCUUUUCAUGUGAUAGAAACAAAUUUUAAACGCGCAAGAAUGGUCUUCUUUCAACAACUGUCACGCUACACCCGUAACAAUCUAUGCUAUUUAGCUAUCCGACCAUAUCCCAGGAGGCUCCAAAGACGUGAUCGUUACUUUGUAUGCUCAUAUACCACCGAUGCGUCCGAAUCGAUUGGAACAAAAAGUAACGUUCCGCUAACAGAGGAACAGAAGAAGCUCAUUCAAAGCAUGAUAAGAGUUGAUCAAGCAGGAGAAAUUGGUGCCAAUUGGAUAUACAAAGGACAAAUGGCAGUAUUAGGAAAUGACAAAAAAGUAGGGCCGGUGAUCCAGGAUAUGUGGGACCAAGAGAAACAUCAUCUUCAAACGUUUGAUGAGAUUAUCGUUCGUCAUAGAGUGAGGCCUACAUUAUUGCGCCCGGUGUGGGAAGCAGCGGGCUUCAUCUUGGGAGUGGGUACUGCCCUAAUGGGCAAAGAGGCGGCCAUGGCAUGCACGGAAGCGGUGGAAAAUGUGAUCGGAGAACAUUACAAUGAGUAA